AAAGUGCGUUUCCGGUCAGAGCGCAAGGCACAAAGAGGAGCGGCUGAGCAGCGUCGUUUAUUGGAAUCGUAAUAAUUUGUCAGGCUUUGAUCGCGCCGCGGCUAUUUAACAUUACGUUUAGAGAAGGAGUUUGGAGGCAUUGGUCAUGGCAACGGAGAUGGAAGCCGAGUUCUUAGAGAUCGACGAGAGUGGGAAUUGGAACUCCGUUUACCAGGCAAUACGUCAGCAGUCUGUAGAUAUGCCCUGUAAAUAUGCAAAGCUUCAGGAAAACAAAAACAGGAAUCGCUACAGAGACGUGAGCCCUUUUGACCACAGCCGAAUUCGUUUACAGCUGGGUGAUAAUGAUUACAUUAAUGCCAGCUUGAUCUCCAUGGAGGAAGCUCAGCGCAACUACAUCCUCACACAGGGUCCACUGCCCAACACUUGUGGACAUUUUUGGGAAAUGGUGUGGGAACAGCGUACCCAUGGUGUGGUCAUGUUGAACAGAGUCAUAGAGAAAGGUUCUAUGAAAUGUGCUCAGUACUGGCCCCAAGAAAUUGAAAAAGAGAUGGUGUUUGAAGAUGUAAAUUUACAGCUGACAUUUAUUUCAGAGGAUGUUAAAUCCUAUUAUACAGUACGGCAUUUGGAGCUAAAGAACUUAACAACACAGGAAAGUAGAGUUAUACUACAUUUCCAUUACACAACAUGGCCCGAUUUUGGAGUUCCUGAAUCCCCUGCAUCUUUCCUCAAUUUCUUGUUCAAGGUUCGGGAGUCAGGAUGCCUAAAUUCUGACCAAGGACCUGUGGUUGUGCACUGUAGUGCAGGAAUCGGCCGGUCUGGGACAUUCUGUCUUGCAGAUACCUGUCUCCUGCUGAUGUCUCUUAGAAAAGAUCCUUCAUCGGUUCGAAUUAGAGAUGUUUUGUUAGAGAUGCGAAAAUAUCGUAUGGGAUUAAUUCAGACAGCAGACCAGCUCAGAUUUUCCUACCUGGCAGUUAUUGAAGGAGCCAAGUGCAUCUUGGGUGACUCAUCUGUGCAGCAAUCUUGGAAGGAGCUGUCUAAUGAGGAAGACACUCCGCCAGAGUUCACUCCCCCACCACCACUUCCUCCUCCUCGCCCUCCAAAACGUCCUGGGGUUGAUGCACCAAAUGGUAGAACAUGUGAUCCUACUGUCUUUUUCCCCCCUUCACCAAUAGUAGCAAAAUCAUUACAAACAGAGGCCACAGACAUAAUAAUGGAACAGAAGAUACCUGCAAUAAAUGUCUACAGUGAAAACCCAGAACUGAGGAGGAGAGCAGAGAAAGAUCCUGUGAUCCCGUCUGAAAUAGUUGAUGGACAAAAAAUUCUCUCUGAGAACAGAAGUAAAGAAGAGGCAGAAGAUGGCAACUCCGUGGCCGCUUCGAAGAGGCUGUUAGCUAACGUGUGUCUUUACACUGCACUUGCACUCGGUGCUUACGUCUGUUACCGAGCCUUUUUCCAUUGACAUCGCAGAACAAAUGGCUACCAAAAUAUUUCAUAACUUGAUAAGAUGUUCUCACUAGCACCUUUUGGUGGGACCUCAACUCCGCAGGGCCAAUAACAGAACUUUUUAAUUUUCUAGAAUGCAAACCAGGUUUUAUACUGUAAUAGUCCACAGGAUUGUUUAACAUAAUCUCAGGGCUUUAAUUAUCAGGAGUUGCACCAAAAUUAAAUAAACAAAAGUUCUCCAUGAUUUUUUUUUUUUUUAUUUUAUUUUUAUUUUUCAGUGCUUUAUGUAACGGAAUCUAUGUAUAUAUGUGUGUGUAUCACAAUUGUAUGCUUUUUUGUUUUGUGUAUAUACAUAUUUGAUAUAUAUAGUGUUUAUGUGAGUGUGUGUCAAUACAGCCAUGGUAAACAUC